GUGACAUUUGAUUUGACAUUGACAUUUCUUCAAGAAUAUUGGUUUUAGGUUAUAAUUAUUGGUUUUAAGUUAAAACAAUUUUAUAUGUUAAAUUAAACAUUUUGGUGCAUCAUAUUAAUAUAAGAAUGUUAAAGGGUCUCGUGAGUCUAGUGACCGGCGGCGCUUCAGGUCUUGGAAAAGCGACUGUGGAGAGGCUCGUACAGAAUGGAGGGAAGGUUGUCAUUCUAGAUGUGCAAGGGACAAGGGCGCAGGAAGUGGCGAAAAGGCUCGGCGGAGAUGUUCAUGUUACUGUGGGCUGCGUCACAUCAGAAGAAGAUGUCAAAAAGGCAUUAGAGCAAGCUAAAACCAAAUUUGGAAAACUAGACACACUAGUGAACUGUGCAGGGUAUGCCAACACAUGUCAAGUUUACAACUUUAAUAAAGGCCUGGAGUGUGGAUUGGAAUACUUUACCAAAUGUGUAAAUGUGAACACAAUAGGCACUUUCAAUACAAUACGAUUAGCAGCAGGUCUUAUUGGUCAAAACCAACCGACGAAAGAUGGUCAAAGAGGAGUUAUAGUCAACACUGCAGCGACUAUAGCAUACGAGGGUGACAUCGGACAGGCGGGGUAUGCAGCUUCCACUGCCGCUAUUAUAGGGAUGACUCUGCCAAUUGCCAGGGACCUUUCUUCUCAAGGGAUCAGAGUUAUGACUAUAGCACCAGGAGUAUUCGAUACGCCAUUAGUAACGUACCUGCCAGAGAAAAUGUUGGAAUUCAUAAAGCGAAUGACUCCAUUCCCCUCUAGACUGGGUAAACCGGAGGAGUUCGCGCAUCUAGUCACCAGUAUAAUAGAGAAUCCAAUGCUAAAUGGUGAAGUUAUACGUCUGGACGGAGCGCAACGAUGGUUCCCAUUAUAAAUAAGGAAAUUAUUU